UUGAAAGUGUGGGGGAGAUAAGAGAUCUUCCGUAAGAACAUAAACAGACGGACGUUGUAUUGCUGAUCCUACCAAGAACAACAUUUAGUUUGGUAUAAACAAUACAUUUUCAUACAUUGUUUUGGAAAGCCAGAGAACAGGUCCUUCGUUACAAGCGUGAAUUUUAGCCGUAUUUCCUGGUUGCUUACAAGAAAGAUAGUUCUCUUUCUCGGCAGUUCGCGACCAUGGAAAACAACUGAACUCCUGACUUAUUUGCCAGUAAAUGCGACGAUAAAUUUCGUUUGACACUUAAGCUGGAAUCAACCGAAAAACCAUUCCUAAACGUCAUAAGUUAUGCGUCACUUCAGUUACCUGCAAUUUUACAGCAUCAAUGCCCUCCUCUGCACCUCAACAGAACAGCUUUUCUCAAGGCUUACCCUUUCGUUGUGUUGUAUCAUUUGCCUUUAGCCUGGCAGGUGGAUGUUACAUUGCUUGUAAAAGCUUCAGUGUUAAUUCAACAAUCCGGUGACAAUUAGUCAAAGAUACAAGUUGGCAAUGUGUCAAGUACAUUUUUCAAGCGGGGAAAUCGUUUCAAAACAUGCUACAAAGUAGCAAAUUUAACUUAAAAUGGCUUCCGAUAGACGUAAUUAGUUUGUACGCAUAGCACUGAGCACUAUAACUUUUAAGUUCCACAUGAAUUGUUUGCGAGGUUUUACUUAAAAAAGCUCACUGCUCAAAUGCUUUUCACUGUGGUUGUUACCGUGAACUGGGAAAAUGACAUGUUUUAAAUCCGGGCUCUUCGUCUAAACCUGUUGUGCUGCUUCUAUUUUGUUUUAACAGGAAAGUUUCCAAAGGAUUUUACAAACAACUGUCUGAACACAAGCGUAAGAACAAAUGCAUAAAUAAUUUUCGCGUUUCGUACUAAUGCCUAAAUCAUUUCUUUUUAACGUAUAAAAUCCCCAUAAGCUGGCUGGUUUCGACUUCUACAUUCUAAAAUCAAAGAGGAAUUCAAGUCAGCAUUCCAACUUCUUAUCUAUGUCAACAGUAACAGAGAAGUAAAUAAGGGUUAUUAAUCACCUUGGCCGCCAAACAAUGUGCAAGAAUAGGCUCUAAAGAAAUUUACAUUUCGGUAAUGUGCACUUUCGCUCAAGACCAUUAGUGAAUGGAUUGCCUGAUCUAGUUGUUCAUUCACUUAAAGCUUUCUCUGUUAUUCUAGGCGUGUAUGACCAGCAUUAAGGGGGCUUAACCAUCAAUCAAGGUGUAACAAAGCCUCGCGAGCGAUGCUCGACACUAAGACGACACGAUGAAUGCUAUUGAUGCUAAUGCAACGGAAAUUGACGGAUAUGAAUUUUAUCAUUUGUUAAGAAGAUCUCACGAUCGUUGAUGAUCGUUGGUGUUGUGAGGUAACUUUGAUGGCAACAGAAUGUCAAAGAGUCGCAAAAGUUUGUCCCCCACAGACACUGGCUCGCGGCACAGUCGGUCGAAUUCCUUACCCGACAACGUACUAGCCGAUAGUUUACAACCGCCGCGAAAAACGAGUCGAGAGAGGCGAAGCUUUGACACCAUCUCUGCAAAAUCAGGGCCUGAUCCACUUCAAGAUGGCAAGCUACUUGUUCUAAAAGUCAUUGGAAAGGUGAACUUACGUAUUGAGAGGAAAGAAUAUCAAGAAUUGAUCAGAAUAGUGAAUCAAAUUCCCGGAGAUGUACUAGUCCUUAUUUUAGACAACUUGUCCAUUGAGAGCUUGUACGCUGAUAUUCCAAGCAGUUUAGCUUCGCUUGAGGCGCUUUACUCAAAGAUAUUUUAUGACCGUCAGGGGCGACUCCCCGAUCAUGGACUAAGCAGUGACGAUUUCGUUCAUCACUUGGUCAGGUACUUCGUCGACGUUCUUAAAUACAACAACCAAACAUUUGCUAGCGCACGUUCGAGAGAACACAUAAAAAACAUAUUUAGCAUUUGUACACAAAUGGACGAUUCCCUUCACCAGCGGCUUGUCCAGAGAGCGGAACAGUUUUCCAAGGCAUUGAGUGGAUUCUCCGAGCACGCCUUGCUCGAGACUAUAACACGAUCAUCUGCGACUUAUUACAUGAAAAUGCACGAGGCUUUGAAAACGGAAUUAGAACGAGCCGUGAGUCAUUACAAGCACGCUCUUCAAAAACUCUCCGAUGCUCUGUUGAACGUUCCACACAAUAGUGCAGAGUUGUCGUCAGCUAUUGCAGGACACAGCCAAGCAGAUAUGGAUGACAAAACCACUCAGUACAUGAGGAAAAUGUCAGGACAAUCCAUCGAGGACAGACUGUUCUUUAACCAGUCGCUGUUUAAUGCAGUGCAGAUAAAUUCGAGGGACAAACUUCUAGUAACGGAUUUAGUUGACAAGUUAGAAGCACGAAUAAACCACGACAAAGAGGUCCUUCAGCUUCUGAGCCAACUUAGAAAGGAGUUCAACAUAUCACGUGACGAGCACGUGUUACCGCUGCUGGAGAGAUUUCACCACGGGCACCGCCUGGUACUACAGCUCUUGGAGGAGUCGCAGAAGGGCGUGGUCAAAACAGAGGGGAAAAUCAAGGUACCCACUAUUACUCACACGACUGCGAGUGAUCCGGAGUCUGGUGACGUCAGCACCAAUGAGGAGGGAGGCGGCGGAAGUGACACUGAUGUGUUUGACACUGUCACUCAAUUGGAUGAUGAAACAGAGUUCUCGGCGCUGAGUUCUGUCAGUAGUUCGAGUGACAAUGAAAAUGCACAGAACGUUGAGUCAGCUCGAGGCAAGAACCCAAGUCCAGAUGAUUCCACACAAAAACCAACAGAUGAAAAGUCUAGCCUUCGCAAACAGCUGGAGGAAAAACAAAAAGAGCUUGAAGCAGCUCAGAAAAUGGUCCAAAAUUUAACAAAAAGGGAGAAGGAUCUUAUAGACAGAUUGCAAGACCAGGCACAAAGACAGCUCAAAAAGGGAGGGAAAUUCGAGGACCUAUCGGCGAGUGAUUGCCGUCCGUCCGCUCUAGUGGAGCGCUAUGACAACCUGUACACGCAAACAAGGCUGGAUGCUAUGGAUGAGCUCGAUGACCUGGAAUCUCUUGACAAGCUGGAUGAUAACGGAGACAUUAAAAACAAAAUUCUUUUCUCAGUUGUCGUGGUGGCUUUUCGCACGGUACAACAAGCACUCACAGAAAAACAGCACAAGCUUAAACACCUGCUAGACAUCCCGGAUGAAGAGAAGAAAGCUGAGCAUGCACAGGAUAUACAAGACCGCCUCAAUGACUACUUCCGACAGACAGGCGCACGAUUAAAAAUCGACAGGAUCAAACGGGAUGUGAGCAAACAACUGUGGAGCACAUUGUACGAUUUCCCCGAGUUACAAAACUGCACAAAGUUAAAAGAAUACAUGGAUGAAUGCGUGCGCUUGUCCUGGAUGAUGGCAGUCCAGAUUCCACCAAUGAUCAUCGAGUAUGAAGCUACAGUGUUCUCAGACAAGCUACAUGGACGGUUCAUGACCUCGGACAUGAAAUCUCUAGCGAUCAAGUACCACGUGUGGCCAGCUUUGAUUGACUCACAAGGUAGUCACGUGCUCUAUAGGGGGGUUGUGGUCACGUGACUCAUACACACAUACAUAGAACUGCAGAAUUCUUCCCGAGAAACUUCCCAAUUGACGUGUACGCUUAGCGUGUUUAUCUUCAACACAUAUAGUUCUCGAGAAAUAAGCCUGAAAAGAACGAGAAAUUUACAAAACGAGUGGGAAAUAAGACCUGCCCUUGUAGGUGUGGCUGUGGAUGCAACCGUCGCGGUGUCUCUUAGGACUUGCGCCUCGCCCAAAAAACGGCAUCUAUUACCGUUAGGGCUCUCUUCAGAAUUUCUGAAAAAGCAUCGCUGUCACUUUACCAUGGAAGUUUCUCCCCUCCUGAACAUUCCGUCACGCAAUUCGUUAUUGAAAGGAAAAUUUAUAGAACUUAAAAGAGCUAAGAAAACGUAUAUAAAACAUAUCUAAAUUCGAAAUAUUAAAAUGUGC